GCUGGAGGGUGUUCGUCCGUAGAGUGGGGGACUGUUAACCCCUUCCGCCGAUUGGCGGGAAUCGGACAGCUCAUCACCACCCCCCGGAUUGGGAGUGGAGGUUUUGAGCUUCGCACCAUUGAUAUGAGCAAAGUGAGGCUCCCUCUGGGCAAGACUGGGGAGACCACCUCCCCCAGCCCCCACCGUGUCGGAAGCAAACGUGGGGGCACAGCACAUCUCCCCGCAGCCCGCUUCCUCCCCAGAACCUGUUUCCGGUCUGCGAGCUUCCGGCGAGAUGUUACUGUUGCUGUUGCUGCUGCCCCUGUGCUGGGCCGUGGAGGUCAAGAGGCCCCGGGGCGUCUCCCUCACCAACCAUCACUUCUACGACGAGUCCAAGCCUUUCACUUGCCUGGAUGGCUCUGCCACCAUCCUUUUCGAUCAGGUCAAUGAUGACUACUGUGACUGCAAGGAUGGCUCAGAUGAGCCAGGUACAGCCGCCUGUCCUAAUGGCAGCUUCCACUGCAGCAACACUGGCUACAAGCCCCUGUACAUCUCCUCCAGAUGGGUCAACGAUGGAGUUUGUGACUGCUGUGACGGCACCGAUGAGUACAACAGCGGGAUCGUCUGUGAGAACACCUGCAAAGAGAAGGGCCGGAAGGAGAGAGAGACACUGCAACAGAUGGCAGAGGUCACGCGAGAGGGGUUCCGCCUAAAGAAGAUCCUCAUUGAGGACUGGAAGAAGGCUCGGGAGGAGAAGCAGGAAAAGCUCACUGAGCUACAAGCCGGGAAGAAGUCCCUGGAGGACCAGGUGGAGAUGCUGCGAAUGGUGAAGGAGGAGGCUGAGAAGCCCGAGAAGGAGGCCAAAGACCAGCACCAGAAGCGGUGGGAAGAGCAGCAGGCUGCCUCCAAGGCCCAGCGGGAACAGGAGCUGGCAGCCAGUGCUUUCCAGGAGCUGGACGACGAUAAGGAUGGAGCGGUCUCAGUCACCGAGCUGCAGACCCAUCCGGAGCUGGACACCGAUGGUGAUGGGGUUCUCUCUGAAGGGGAAGCUCAGGCCCUCCUUGGGGGAGACGUGCACGCCGACGCCACUGCCUUCUCUGACCGCCUCUGGGCUGCCAUCAGGGACAAAUACCGGUCUGAGGUGCUACCCACCAGCCCCCCACCUGCACCGUCAGAGCCUGACCUGACGGAGCCCAAGGAGGAGCAGCCUCCAGUGCCCUCACCACCCGUGGAAGAGGAGGAAGAGGAGGAGGAAGAAGAGGAGCCGGAGGAGGAAGAGGAGGAAGAGGAGGAAGAAGAUUCCCAGGUGCCAAGGGAGCAGCCCAAGGAGGCCCCACCCCCACUGGUGCCCCCGCAGCCUGCGGCCAGCCCCACUGAAGAGGACAAAAUGCCGCCGUAUGAUGAGCAGACGCAGGCCUUCAUUGAUGCCGCCCAGGAGGCCCGCAACAAGUUUGAGGAGGCUGAGCGGUCCUUGAGGGACAUGGAAGAGUCCAUCAGGAACCUGGAGCAGGAGAUUUCCUUUGACUUUGGCCCCAACGGAGAGUUUGCCUACCUGUACAGCCAGUGCUACGAGCUCACCACCAACGAGUACAUCUACCGGCUUUGCCCCUUCAAGCUCGUCUCUCAGAAGCCCAAACUUGGCGGCUCCCCCACCAGCCUCGGCACCUGGGGCUCAUGGGCUGGCCCCGAGCACGACAAGUUCAGCGCCAUGAAGUACGAGCAGGGCACGGGCUGCUGGCAGGGCCCCAACCGCUCCACCACCGUGCGCCUGCUGUGUGGAAAGGAGACAGUGGUGACCAGCACCACGGAGCCCAGUCGCUGCGAGUACCUCAUGGAGCUGAUGACACCAGCCGCCUGCCCAGAGCCACCACCUGAACUGCCCACUGAUGGUGACCAUGAUGAGCUCUAGCCCUCCUGGGUGCGGAGGUGCCCACCUCAACUUUGGGGAACCUCAAGGCUCAGAAACAUCCCCAACGGUGCCACCCGCCCACCCAGCGCUCCGCCAGGGGACCAAGGCCUGCCCCUCCAGUCUCCUCACCCUGGCAUUGGGGGCGGGGGGAGGGGGUGGGGGCGGGAUCCAUGUGGAGCUCUGCCCUGCUCUCAGGGGGGCCGGGCAGGGCACAGCCCGCCUUCCCAGGCCCCGGUGGUCUCCAAAGGUGGAAUAAAGGAGUUCCGCACCCCCUGGGCGCCCGCCCCCGCCCCCCGCCCAGGGUGUUUGCCUCCCUCCCUGGUGGGGAUGAGUGACUUGACCUGUGACCUCAAAACAAUAAACACGAUUCCCUCUCCCCAACCAGGCUGUCCACUUUGCUUUCCUCAGGAGUGGGAUGGGCAGAGGGUGGAAUGCAGGAGAGGUGGCUCUCUGCAGGUCCAGCACCCACCUCCCCCGUCAGGGUUGCGGUCUCAUCAGAGCCUACAUCUGAGCUGCCUGGUGGGCCCUGGAGUAAGCCCAGGGCCGCAGGGCAGAUGGACCCCCGGGGCCACUUCCACCUGCAUUGGUUUCUCACCCACCCUGAGUCGUGUGUAUGUGUGUGUGUGUGUAGUGAGGAGGGGCGGGGGCUCCCGAUGAGAGCCAGGCUUAGGUGUGGCCACACGGCCAGGACCAGUGACACACUCCCAGCACUCCCCACCUGCCAGCACACAGACAGCUGAGGCCGUAAGAUUCUGAACUUUUAUUUUCUGGCAUGAAAAGUACAAAUAAUUAAACAAUUCCAUGUAAAA